CGUCACGUGGUGCUUGUAAACAUGGCGGCGGUCAGUGAAGGGUUAACGUGUCUGACUGCUCACUGAGGAAGAGGAGGAGGAAAAGGAGGAGGAAGAGUAGGGUCGAUGCGUCAGUCGCCAAUAAUGAGGAUGAUGAUGAAGAAAAAGAUGAAGAUUGGCCUCGGCGGUCCUGUGACAUCUUGAGAAGACCUCCCGUGGGGGCGGGGAGACGAUGGGGGAUGGAGGAGCCCUCCAGGUGGAGGGCAACGCCCUCCUCAAAGCCGUCUUCCAGGGAAAGCUGAGGCUGACCCGUCUGCUUCUGGAGGGUGGAGCUUACAUCAAUGAGGGCAAUGAGCUUGGUGAAACUCCCGUCUCGGCGGCCUGCUUGGCGAACUACGAGGACCACCAGACUCGCCACAGGAUGGUGCGCUACCUACUGGAGAAAGGCGCCGAUCCAAACAUCCCCGACAAGAGUGGGAGGACGGCGCUCAUGCACGCCUGUGCCAAGCAAGCCGGAAAGGAGGUGGUUUCCCUUCUGCUGCAGAACGGGGCAGAUCCCAGCAUCAAAGACUAUUCAGGAAACUCCGCCCUCAUGCACGCGCUCAACAGGGGGGACCGCGACACGCUGCAGAUCCUGUUGGACGCCUGCAGGGCCAAAGGCAAGGAGGUCAUCAUCAUCACAACCGAUACGUCUCCGUCCGGUACCAAAAAGACAAAGCAGUACCUCAACUCUCCUCCCUCUCCGGGAAUCUUGGACAAGGUGGCUCCGGCUUGCAUGUCGCCAUCGGAGGUGGAGAUUGCUACUUCAUCUCCGGCAUCAGGAGAAGAUGGAAUGUUCAGCUUUGCUCUGGCCUCCGCCUUGCCUUUACCUUCCUCCACUAAGAGACCGCCCCCUCGCAAGCUCCUCAAGAGGCUGAACUCAGAGCCGUGGGGACUGGUGGCGCCCUCGGUGUCUUGCACGGUUCCUCAAGAGAGUGUGAGGGGGCGUCUGGAUGAAGAGGAGGGCGGGAGCGACCUGAGUAGGGCGGUGACGGAAAUAAACGGACUGUGCAUCACUGAGACAGCAAGACCUCUGUUGUCACGGAGACACAGCAUCGAGACCCACGAUCCUUGUUCGGCUAAAGUCAUCGACCGGACCUCGUCUGAGGACUCCCCUACACUGUCUGCUUCCUCCUGGGCUGAUAAGGUCCAACAGCACCAGAGCCUGUACCGCAGGAACACAGCGCCAGAGGCCCAAGAGAAUGCUGGGUUGUCCGGUGUUGGUGCCACACAAAUCCUGCCUCAUCCCAAACUCAUUCGUAUGGAGCACUCAGAGUUGGACAACCACCUGAGUCCAGAAUCCAUCCCGGGAUCUCCUGACUCAGGGCGAGUGUCUGUGGAGCGGAGGAGGUACAACGCUUCCCCCCUGUCUCUGGUCACGAGCUCCUCUCGCGAGUCUCUAGAGAACAUCCCCAACUCUGUGUCCCCCAUCCCUGUGCGCCGACGUACCCCCGGGCUACUGGAGCGCCGUGGUUCUGGGACCUUACUCCUGGACCACAUAUCACACACCAGACCUGGUUUCCUGCCGCCGCUGAACAUCAACCUUCAGAGACCCAUCCCAGACAUCCGGGCUGGCAGCAAGCCACCCUCUCCAGUCCAUAGUGGACACAAGAUCCUGUGUCCCGUGGCCCCAGCCUCACCUAAGCGUGGUCCAGACUUCAAGACCAAGAAGAAGCUGAUGAGAAGACACUCCAUGCAGACGGAGCAGAUGAAACAGCUCUCCACCUUCCAGGAGAUCCUGGCUGAAAAGGUCAUUGAGUCAAACGGAGACUGAUGACAAUUUCUUCAAUUUUUGUGGCAACAAAAACCUUGAAACAUUUAGAUGAGACCUUGCUUCGGAUCAGGUUUCUGCCCACUUUGCCAUGUUUGCUCCAUGGACUUGCCGUGCUUAUACAUUUGAAUACCUAUAUAAACAUAUUGUAUGUAAUAGAGCUGUCUUUCUGUAUGCCUAAUGGACUGAUUGCAGUACUCGGUACUACGUUUACGUAUCUUCAGCAAACAACCAAUCACGGGCGGGGUUAACCAUCUCUCGCUUCUUGUUCUCUGCUUGAAGACCUGAAGCUGAAGAAGUAGUCUCAGGGAGAACAAGAUCAAGCGAGAUGUCGACGUCUGCUGGGCAAAAAAAUAAUUCAGGGUUGACAUUUCCAACCUAUAGUUGCCCCGCCCACUUCUUGCACAGAAUGACGUUUUCAGUCAUUAGAUGCCAAAUGUGUUUUCUCUUUGCACCAAGAAAAUGUUUAUUUUUUAUUGACUGUGUUAGUGGAUGAAUGGUGAAAAUAGUCUGAACAUUUUUAUUUUCACCACUAGAAGGCGCUAAAGGCUCCAGCCGCACCAAAAGAAAAGAACUUUACUGAUAUUUUCAUUGAUCUGUGCGGUCUUUUGACUCAGUGUGUCCGUGUAGAUGCGUGCUACUGCACUAAUGCUAGCAAGGAGUACAAUAACAAAAAAAGUUUUGCUUUUUAACAAAAAGAAAAUAACUUAAAGGGACUGUAUACAAUGGUCUGCUAAAAGGGUGCCAACAUUGUGCUUUAAGCAUAUCUUGCCCUCUUCCUGCUUUUGAGUACAUACAGUACGCGAUAGUGAUUUGGCUAAGUUUAGCUAUGGUUGAAUGUGUGGCCUAUUAUAACAACAUGAAUGUAAAGUGCUGAUUGUGUCUCUGAUACUGCUUUUAUGUGUGUGUACACCCUAAGACAUGGAACGGGAGUACUAACAGCUGUGAGGACUGAACGGAAAUUUACAAUUUGCAUUCAGCUUAACUCAUAAUUGUGAAAAUAUGGACAUUUUUGUGUACACUUUUGUUUUCUAACCCACUAUUGGUGACAUAUACUAGCAGGUAGUAAAACAUGUAUGUAAUCCUGAGCCAGUUGCAUACAGUCCCUUUAAAAAAGACUUUGUCACCACAUGCUGUUGUUACGCCUCCAGGCCGCUGGAAUGAAUAAUGUGAUCAAUAACGUGAUAAAGACGUCUAUCAGAGUAGGUGACUUGUAUUCAUAAUGCACUUUAAUAUACUUUAGGCUAAAUAGUUAGCAUAGCAAGUCAACAUGGUGACGUUUAUUGAUUGUGAAGACGUGCGCUGCGUCCAUGCAUGUGUUGAAGAAAUGUGGUCUUUUGUACAAAACUGACUUGUAAUUGUGUUGAAUAAAAUGCAAAGUUUAUGGGAUUCCAAUAAAGGAAAACAGU